CACUCCUAGUGACUCUAGCGAUCGGGUAGUUGACAGACGCAAACAAACAGAAAACGACGUGGGAAUUUUACAAAAAAAAAAAAAAAAGAAAGUAUAUUGCAAUGGAGGCCGAUGUGUGGGGUGUUCGGAUUUCUCCUCCGUUUUUGGAAUUUUUGGACGUAAAAGUAGGGUACACUUACAGAGGCACCGUCACGGUGAAAAAUAUCAGCAAGACCAGCAAGAGGUUAAGGAUAAACGGACCUGUGUCUAAGCUUUUCAAGUUGUCAGUAGCAAAUCAAGAUAAGCCAAUUGCCCCUGGUCUCAUGUUAACUGCUGUUGUGGAAUAUAUUCCUGAAAAAGAUGAAGAUUUCCGAGACAGGUUGAUCCUUUUAGCUGAUGAAGAUGUUAUUGAGAUUCCUCUAUUAGCCAUGUGUCCUUCUUGUUACCUUGAGAUCGAAACAGAAGUUGACUUUGGUUUUGUGGUAGCAAAUAGUAGGUUGAUUAGCAAGGAAAUAGAAAUUUCUAAUCAUGGAUCUGCCCCAGGUGUCUUUAAAAUUUACAGUGUAAGCAACUUACCUGUGAAGAUUCAGCCCCCAAGUGGAAUAGUACAGCCAAAAACAACACAAAAAAUUAAAUUUGAGUUGACCACAGAUAAAGCGACAAACUUUGAAGAGUUCGUAAAAGUAAAACUGCAGGACAGUGAAGAUGCUGUAAUUAAAAUUAAAGCUGAUAUUGUUGAGCAAGUUCUAGAACUUCUAAACACAGCCAAUCAGAGAAUAGAAUGUGUUCGUUUUGGUCCUGCCUACUUUGGAACAUCCAAGCUGCAGCAGGCUGUACUUUACAACAACAGUCCUCAAGCCAUAAACUGGGUGGCUAUAUUACAAGAUGAUGCUGAAGGAGCAGAUGUGGGAAAUGACUGGGACAGCAGUACAGAUGCAACUUUACUUGAAAUGCGAAUUAGACAAAAACUGGAUGGCAUUGACAUAUCAAUGCUCAUAUCAUGCUUUCCAAAUCAAGGCUCACUUGGACCGUAUGAAAAAACCACAGUGAUCCUGCAUUUCAGUCCUAUUUAUAACAGUGUAAAUGAACCUAAAAAGCAAGAUUAUGCUUUGUUCAUGAAAUUUGAAAUUGUGGGCAGCAAAGAGAGCUUCAUUCAAGAAACAAGCAGGAAAUAUUUGUUGAAAAAAGAAAGAGGACACAACCACGUUGAAUUAGCUUUGACUGGCACGGGUCUUCCUGUAAUACUGAUGGCCACUCCAGCACCCCCUUAUGAUUUUAAGGAAUGCUACAUGGGUGAGCAAGUUGACAUUCAAUGCUCUCUUCAGAAUCAGUCACUUUUGCUUCCUGUCCUCUUCAGUUCCCGGAAAACUGCAAAUUUUAGUAUCUUUCCUUCAAAAGGCAAAAUUAAUCCUGGAAUGCAACAGGAUGUUGUGCUUUCGUUUGUCCCUCACCAAGCUGGAACUUUCAAAGUUAAUCAGCUUAUAGAUAUAUUUGGUCCAGUUGCAUUGCCAAGUAAUAAUUCAGUACAUCUGAAAUCAAGACCCUUCCAUCAGAUUAGUCUGAGUUUUACUGGAGUCUGCAAGCCAACAGCUAAACAAAUGGUUGCCAAGUUUAACCCUGGCAUAAAAUCAUCAUUCACUAAUGAAAGUGGACAAUUUUUUGAGGUGAAUUCUGAACAGCUGAGGAAUUAUAACAGUUCAGCUCGAAUGGCACUAUUAUGUGCAACAAAAACUGGAAUUCACACUCACAGAAGAAGUAAGAGUCUAGAAAAAAGCGUGCUAGUGGCAUUUCCUGAUGAUCGUGCAGCCAGUAUAAAACAAUCGUCUAGGAAUGAGUUGUACAGGACAAUUUUUACAAAGACAUUACGAUACAAUUAUGUGGAUCCUGAUUAUGCCUACACGGAAGAAGAAGAUGAGCAAAGGAAAGUACAUAGAGAGUAUUAUGCCCAGUUUCUUAAAAGUUUAAGAGAUCAGCGCCUCCUGAAGGAAAAAGACAGAGAAAUGGGUGAUGUAAAAGGAAAAGAUGACCUUGGUAUGAAAUCAGCUUCAGGAAUUUUUCCAAAGAAGCUCUUACUUGGUGACAUUGAAGUAAACCAGCAGGUGGAAGUUGUAAAAAGUACUCUGCUAACCACUCGGAGACUGGCAGCUAUAGAAUCCAGAUCAACAAGCAGACCAGUAACUGAUGGUCUUAAUGUUGUACCAACAACACCAGAAGAAACUGAAGACUGUAAAAUGACAUUGUCUGCUCAACAGCUGCAUCAAAUUAUAAUUGGGCCAUCUGUUGUAGACUUUGGUGAAGUGUGCAUACAUUCCAUUUCCUCAAAGCCUCUGAAUAUUGUCAAUAAUUUGCCUGUACAUAUUUGGGUACAAUUUGAAAUUGACUGUCUGGAGCUCCAGCAAACAAGUCCUUUGUCUCAUGUUGUUCCACCAAUGUCCAGAGCAUUUCUACCUAUCAUAUUUGAAACAAAUGAUUUAGGAAAGUUCCAACGGUCAGUGACUUAUACAAUAAAUAAGAAUCAUGUAGGUCAUGUUCUGGUGUUGGGGCAAGUGGUUCCAGUAACUUUGGAGUUGUCCACUCAAGAAUUGAUCCUGACACCAAACUCCUGCUUCCUGGCAGAAAGUGGUUUUAGAUCAACAAUCACUCUACGUAAUCCUCAAAAUCACCCGGCUGAGUUCACCUGGAAACCCAUAAUUACAGAAAAUGGGAUUGCAUUUUCUAUUCGACCUGCUACAGGAUCUGUGGAUGCCUACAGAGAAUUAGAAUGUGAAGUCGUUUGGCACCCAUCUUACUAUUCCCCAGUGGAUGGAGAGUUUGACCUUAUAGUUCAUGAGGGGAACACAGCCAGACUGAAAUGUCUUGCUAUGCUUGGUUCAACAAGUGUAGAAUUUGCUGAAAAGCACAUUGUAUUUGGCUCAAUUGCUCAGAAUCUUACUGCAAUCAAGACUGCCACUCUCCAAAACAAUGGACAAAACCAUGCCUACUUUCAGGUUUUUGAUCCUAACCCUCUGGCCGGAAUGACUAUCAUACCUUCUGAGGGAGUGGUACCAGUUGGAGGGAGCUUGGAUCUUGUACUAUGCUUUAUCCCAGAUGCCGUGAUGAAAUUUGACACAAGAGUAGAGGUCGCAACUGCAAAAUCUUCUGAGCUUCGGAUAGGUGGAUCAGUGGAGAUGCCCCAGGUUGAUAUUGAUGUGAAAAAUUUUAGAUUCCCUGGUGUGUAUUCUGGCUCAGUACAAGAGAUUCCCUCAUCCUUCAGAACAAAACCUGCUGUACGUGCUAGAGUGGAAUUUGAUUUUGACCACCCAGAAUUUGCCAUAAAGUUUGCAGACUGUAUAGGCACCUGUAAGGGUUCAAAUAUAUUUUUCUUGGAUAUGGAAGAAAAUGAAUCCUUGGAAUGUUCUUUAGUUUUCAGUCCCAGGGAGGUGGCAGCAUAUGAUUUUAGUCUUCCUGUCAAUUUAAACAGUGCAGUUGCUCCUUCUCCACCUCCAAGUUCUUUGCCAAAAACACCGUCUAUUAUUGAAAAACACCUUGUCACCCCUCGUCCCCAUACAAUAACAGUAACUACUCCUUCUCGCAGAAUUCAGGCAACUGUUUUACAACCACCACUUGAAGUGUCAAAGAUGGAACUGAAGUUUGAGGUCCCUGCAGAAUUUAGCAACACAGAAUUGUUUCCUGAAAGCAUAAACACUAAGACGUUUGAAAUGAAAAAUAUUUCUCACAAAGAAGUCAGUUGGAUGAUAGACCUGACCAAAGAAAAUUCUUAUUUUGAUGAAGGCAUUUUCAAAAUUUACCAACAAGCUGGCACUCUACAGCCAGAUGAGAAGAUCUCAAUAACUGUAUGCUUUUGUCCCAGAGAGUCAGGAAUAUAUAAUUUGAAUGCUCCACUUUUUAUAAAUGAUGACUAUGUACAUCCCUUCAGAAACAUCACAUUGUCUGGUGUCAUUAAAAUACCUAAAAUCAUCUUUGAUCCUCCAAGUGUGAUAGUAACACCAGUACCUCUGGAAACAGAAGUAGGAGCUAUGAUUAGCAUAAUUCCAUCAGAGUAUAUCAGAAAUUGCUUUGUUAAUGUGGAACUUCCGGAAAUUGAGCUUGAAGAUGGAACAAAUAUUAAACCUUUCACUCUAAAGUUUCUAUCUGGCCAACAAAUAAUAACAUUAUCGAAUGGAAAAAAUAAGAUUCUGACAUGUCAGAUUACCUUCAGAUCCUCACGUCCUGUUUCUGCUGUGUCAGAUAUUGUCUUCAUUGAUGAACAUCAACAGAGAUUUGUUCUAUCUGUUGUUGCAACAGCAGACAACUGUCUUUUGACUGCUUACCCCUAUCUGGCACUUCAUCUCUCUGAUCAACAGAUUGUUCUAAAAAGUGGCUGUCUAAAUGGUGUAAAUGGCAAACAGAACACCGGAGAAGCUAUUCUUCAUCCAUGCUACACCCCUGCUACUCACUCUCGAAGUACUUCUUCAAGUUCAACCUUUAUUGUCCUGAGCUCAACAUGUGAUGAAUCCUUUCCAGAAUCAGCUGAAGAAAAUCUAAAUGGAAGUGUUAAAAAGAGUGAUGAGACAGACCAACAAGGCUUCAAGAAUAUCUUUGGAUUUCCAACCUUUCCUAUGGAGAACACAGAGGAAGGACAUUUUUUUCGGAUGAUGCUGUAUGCAGUGCAGAAGUGGUUCAGUCUCUUUGGGUGGCCAAAAGGCCCUCGUCCUAUUUGUAUCCCAGAGUCCCUUCGAAGUGAUGUAUGCAAAAAUCAGUCAUCGGGUCCAUCAGUUCGAAAGUCUUCAUUUCGUUCAGGUCGAGGAAAAGAAUCUAACACUAUUUAUGACAUGCUGUUCCAUCUGAGUGGCCAAGUGUUACAAGGAAUUACUACAACACAAGCAUUGCCCACUGACCAUACAAAGCGAGUUCUUCAGCUUCACUGGCAGCACUCCAGCCUAAUCACCUUUCUAAAAGCGCACGGAGCCUGCCUUGCCUAUAUCAGGCCAGAAUUUCUUUUUGAACCAGAUGACUUUAAGCACUGGAAUUCCAUUCAGUCUCAGUUAGGUCAGCUGCAGAAUAAAAAAGCAAAUGGCAUGGACAAGCCUGGGGAUAUCAGUCUGACUGGAAUUGAUGACAUUUAUUUUGAAUCUUUGAGCAAACGUGCAUGGACAGAUGUGUUGCUUCAGAUAUACAAAGUUUUUGUACUUUCACAAAUACAAACGCAAGGCUCUAACACUUUAGCUGGACUGGAAAAUGUGGAAAACAUCCCAAAAAUCAACCCUGACCCUUUAUCCAGUAACAUAUACUCAACAUCUGAACGCAAACUUCUCACAUGGUUAAACUUACACUAUGAAAAAAUGAGAAACACUGUGUGGAAAAAAAUCAGCAAAGGCGAAGCACCGCCAGGAAGAUGGAUCAUAAACUUUGACCUUGACCUUCUAGAUGGUGUGGUACUUGCUACAGUUUUAGCAUCAUAUUGUCCAUUCCUUAUAUCAACUCACCUUGUGAACAUGUAUACCAAUCCUACCAGUUUAGAACAGUGUUUACACAAUGCUCUGUUACUAGUAAAAGCUUUUCGUGCCAUCAACCUUGAAAUAGAUGUUCAGGCAACGGACAUUUCAGAUCCUAACCCUGUAAUGAUGGUUAUGCUCUGUGUUUAUUUGUAUGAAAAACUGCCCCAGUAUGUUCCAAAGAAGACAAUUGAGUUUUCUGUAGGUUUGCAUUGUUCAGCUAUCAGACAGGUAUUGCUGAAAAACACAAGUUCAAAGGCUUUGGUGUAUACAGCAACAAUCAUUGGAAAGGAGUCUGCUGAUUUUGUUCCAAUGAAAGGAAACACUGUGACAAUCACACCAAGAGGACAGACAAAUGUAAGUGUGGAAUUCACCAGUCGCUUUUUACGACCAGUGGAAUCAAUACUUUUGCUUACAUCAAAGUUAUCAACAGGACCACAUGGUGGAACUCUGGUAUUUACAUUGAGAUCUAACAUCACAAGCAUUACAUCAAGUGGUGUCAUUAAAUGCUCUUCUCCAUGUUAUGAACUAAAUAAGUGCCACGUCACAAUCAUAAACCCUUUCAAAAAUUCUGGGGAAUUCAGGGUGAUCCUGCUGGAAUCAAAAAACAGCUUGGCCAAAGUUGGGCCUCAAGAAUUCUUGAGGAACUUGGAUUUAAAAUGCAGCCUUCCCAUGUCAGGAUCAGAAUUAUACAGCCGGGAUAUUGCCAGCUUAGAUAACAACCAAGACACCAGUCUUGGCACAAGUGGACAAGUAAAUCAACUGAAUGAAUUCUUCAGUCCUGUGGAAAGUGUGUUUUUGGAAUGUAGGGGAUCUGCAAAUAUUGAGGUUCACUACCUCCCAUUCCACUUAGGGAAACGCUAUUGCAGCAUUUUGUUCCUUAAUGAAAAGGUGGGAGAAUUUUUAUAUUCUGUGGAGGGAGAAUCUACUCUACCUUUACCUCAACCUCUAAUACCAGUGGAAAGUUCACAUGUCAUUCAUAUCAGUGGGGCUGGAAAAGGAAAAAAGAUUGAGAAACCUGUUCUCAUUUUUAAAUGUUUAAAUGACAGCUGCCUGGAAGAAAAGUUAAAAAUCCCUCUAGUGAAUGAAGCCAGAGAAAAAGCUCUCGCAGCUGUAGCCCAACAGCGUAUGUCAUUUGUUGAAUUUGAACGUCGAAAGAUUACAGGAACUUUACAAAGCAGCAGUGUUAGAGCUGCCAUGGCUGCUCUAGGACUUUCUGAAACAGAGACACGGCCUGUGCCAGCUACUCUGGAGAACAAAUACAGAAGCAUUGACUAUAAAGUUGAAGUUUCUAUGCCAGAACACUUUAAAUUUCCUAAAAAGAUAUCUAUUCCUGUGUCAACAACAAGUGCAAAUAGUUUAAAGUCAACACUUUUAGCAGUUAAAACAACAGAGGACAUAGUGGAAAUACCCCUAAUCUUUCACCCGAAGGCGCCUGGGCGAUACCCAUGUCAGAUAGUAUUGCAUUCUUCCAGAGAUGUCCGUGUACAUCUCAUUGAGUGUGUGGUAAAUUCAGAGGAAACAGAAGCAGAUCUGAUGUUUGUAACUCCUGCUCUUCAGACUGUCACACAGGAGAUCCCAAUUAGCAACAAAACCUUGCAAGAGUGGAAUAUUCAAGGCGUCAUUGAGGGCAAUGGAUUUUAUGGUCCUUCGGUUAUAAAUGUACGAGCUGGCGAAAAAGUUCAGUAUCCGCUGAUGUUCAAACCUAUGUGUGAAGGCAUUACUCUGGGCAAACUUACUCUGCAGAAUGAUACAGAUGGCACCAGACAAAUUUUUGGACUGAGAGGAGUUGGAAAAAAACCUCUGGCUUUUGAUCAUGCUGUGAUAGACUGUAGAGUGGGUCAGCUUGCACAGAAAGUCCUGAUGGUGCCAAAUUUUACACAGACUAGACUAAUAUGCAAGGUUGUCUCUGAUCUUGCAGUUGUGAGUGGAUUUCCCUUUCUGGAGCUAAAACCAGGACAAUCAACUUCCUACACAAUAAGUAUAGAUCCACGGAGACGGGGGAAGCAAACAGGUGUAAUUUCAUUUGUUGCUGAAGAUGGAGAGGACCAGCAGCCCCCUCACAACAAAGCUGUGAAUCAGACAGAUGGUAAACAGGCUAUUCAGAGGUUGGCAGGAGAAACAUUCAGUGCCCUCGAUGAUUCAAAAGAAGUCUCCCAUAUAUAUAAAGUUUGGUUUUCACUGGAAAUAAUUGCAGCGCCUCCUCCAUCAGUUCAGAUUAUAGCUGUGAAGUGCCCUAUUCAUACAAAGACAACGAUGGAUAUUCCCAUCUCAAAUCCAAGUAAUGAAACAAUGCACUUGGAUGUACUAUUGAGGGGGACUGGUCUUUCUGGAGACAGUUACCUCGUCCUUAAACCAAUGGAAAAAGUUUCUUAUUUGGUCUCAUACUUCUCAUCAUUUACUGGCAGAGCAACUGGAAGUGUCAUAUUUCAGUCUGACAAAGUGGCAGAAUUCUGGUAUGAGUUGGAUUUGACUACAGAGAAACCAUUGCCAACAAUUUUUCCACCACUACAAUGUGAACUAGGAAAAUGGACUCGUCACUUUAUCCCCUUAGUUAAUCCUACAGAUGAAACUUUGCAAUUGCAAGCAUUUAACAGCAAUCCAAAACAUUUUUCAGUGGAGCUGGGUCCGAAGAAAUCAUUGACAAUGGUACCACAUUCAUCAGCCAAUGUUCCAGUUCAUUUUUGUCCAUCGGCCCUUGGAAGAGCAAACCAUAAAACAAAUGUUUCAUUCAAGUGUCGACAGGUGGAAGAAUGGAAAUUCCUUUUGUCGGGCAUAGGUUUAGUACCUGGGACCAUGGAACCACUUAGCAUCAGCACAUCUAUAGGAUCACAUGCCUCUGUUAUUGUGCCCUUCAGAAAUCCUACUGAUCACAAUGUGGUAGUAGAUGUGGUACUAACAGAUAAAGAAGGAAGCAGUUCUGAUUUUCAAGAGACUAUCAGCAGUUCAGUUUUCAGUUUACCUCUGCAAGAAACAUAUGGAAUCCGUUUGACACCAAAAGGCAGACUCGACAUCCCAGUCAUAUUUGCUCCUAAUUCACUCCAGUUAAGUGAAAGUGCUGUUGUUAUUCAGAUAAAAAAAGAAAAUGGAGAUCCUUGGAGCUGCCCUCAGUUAAAUGAAUCUGAUCCUAAAGUUCAAAAUGCAAUUAUAUUUGGAACAGAAGGAAGUGUCAUAGGAAUUCAAUGGGUCUAUCCAAUUCAUGGUAUUCCGGAAGCCCCCCUCUCCAAGUCAUCCCCUGCUGUAAUUAAAUGUCAGGCCAGAGAAAGAAUAGAAGAACGCAUUGAAGUGUUGCUGACUGGGUCUGUUCCUGGAUCCUCCACUGAUUUAAAGACAAAAUUUGAAACAGACAAUGUCCAAAAUAUACACAUCCAAGAUAACAUACAAAAUGAGGUGCAGGUCACAGACGGAUCUGCCACUGCUGAAGAGUUCUACUAUGAGAUACAGUUUCAGUCUGAUGCAGACAAAGCUCAGUUGGAAGCCUCUGUUGCUCUUUGCCUUCAGAGAAAGGAACGCGACCCAAAUACUGGAAUUGUAACACUGGUCUUCAGCAUCAUAUUUGCUCCCUAUAAGCCUUACAGAUGUUCUGCAGUGCUUGCAGUCCAGUGCGCUACAGGAGGAAAAUGGAAGUUUCCAAUACAGUUGAUCGCUACAGAACCCAAAGUUGAUGAUGUUAUAACAAUUGAAGCUGCUGGAUUAAAUAAAACAUCGAUGGUGGGAUUUAGGCUGACAAGCCAAACGAGAAAUCCAGAGCCUUUCACUGCAUAUUUCAUGCCCGCCAGUGGACAAGAGUUUGAAGUAUCACCUCAAUCAGGAGAGCUGCUUCCUAUUGACACGGCUGGGACCCUCAUUACAGUUAGCUUUACUCCAAGCAUGUACAGCAAAAAGCACAGAGCAACACUGGUAAUACAGACGUCUGAUAUGCAGUGGAUGUAUGAGAUUCAUGGAGUGCAGCCUCGCUACGUACCACCCACUUCUCAGGCCUCAAAAACUGUGACAUCAGUGACCAUGAGAACCGCACCUGUAAAGCAACGCAACUUUAUUCGGGAAAACCUCGAGUUAACGACAACCUCGGUAUCCUCACCCAUCAAAGGCCGGCCGCUAGUCAGCCGAACUAAAUAAGUUGAUCGUAUGUACCCCUGAGCUCCUUUACACUCUUUGUGUACAUAGACAGCAUCCUUAUAUUUGAUUAUAAUUUAUUAUUUCGUAUAUUUGGUGCUUAAAAAUCACUGGAAAUGUGUUCUGUGUUCAUUUACUUUCUGGUAUAAACUGUAGGUAGCGAAUCCUUGUCUUUACACUUUUACUUGGGGACAUACAGAACAUGUAACAUAAUCCCAGCAAUCAGUAUUUUUAUAUUGGUAGAGUUUAUUUUUACAUAUACUAGCAUUAUGAAUCCUAUUAGUAGAAAAUCUAUUUCUGUUUUUCAGUUAUAUUUUGUAAUAUAUUUAAGUUCAAUUAAAA